UCUUCUGGAGAAGCGGCUCUGCUCUUCUCCUCACUUCUCCUCACUUGGCCAGUCGCGAUGGCGAGGUGGCUUCCCCUCGCCUUGGUCCUGCUUCCUGCCUUGUGGAGCCGGUACCUCUUCCAAGCGGCGGCGCAACAGAGGCAGAAGCCGCCCCAGGCAGCGCCUCAGCAACGAGGUUUGUUUCCAGCAGUGCUGAACUUGGCAUCUAAUGCCUUCAUCACCACAAAUGCUACAUGUGGUACAAAAGGUCCUGAAAUGUACUGCAAGUUAGUGGAACAUGUACCUGGCCAACCAGUGAGAAACCCUCAAUGUCGGAUCUGCGACCAGCACAGCAGAUUUCCAAACUUGCGACACCCGAUAACAAAUGCAAUUGAUGGCAAGAACACUUGGUGGCAAAGUCCCAGCAUUCAGAAUGGGAUGGAAUAUCAUUAUGUGACCAUCACGCUGGACCUGCGGCAGGUCUUCCAGAUUGCCUAUGUUAUUGUAAAAGCAGCUAAUUCACCACGGCCUGGCAACUGGAUUUUGGAGCGUUCACUAGAUGGUGCCAACUACCAGCCCUGGCAGUACCAUGCUAUCACAGACACGGAAUGUCUGACUCGCUACAACAUCCCUCCCCGCACUGGACCUCCAUCGUAUGCAAAAGAUGAUGAAGUUAUAUGCACUUCAUAUUACUCUAGAAUUCAUCCAUUGGAAAAUGGAGAGAUUCAUACAUCUUUAAUCAAUGGACGACCAAGUGCAGAAGACCCAUCACCAGCCCUUCUAGAGUUCACUUCAGCUCGCUACAUCCGCCUGAGAUUUCAGAGGAUACGAACACUGAAUGCUGAUUUGAUGAUGCUUAUGCACAGAGAUCCCAAUGAAAUUGAUCCAAUUGUUACAAGGAGGUAUUACUAUUCUGUAAAGGAUAUCUCCGUGGGAGGAAUGUGCAUCUGCUAUGGCCAUGCAAAGGCCUGUCCGCUGAAUCUUGCUACAAAUCGAUCUUCUUGUGAAUGUGAGCAUAACACAUGUGGAGAAAGUUGUGAUCGGUGCUGCCCUGGAUUUAAUCAGAAGCCUUGGCAAGCUGGAACCUUCCUUGUCAAAUAUGAGUGUGAAGCCUGCAAUUGUCAUGGGAAAGCGGAAGAGUGUUUCUAUAAUCAGACUGUAGCAGACAAAAAGCAGAGUUUGAAUAUCCAUGGGGAAUAUGUCGGAGGUGGAGUGUGCAUUAACUGCACACAGAACACUGCUGGCAUCAACUGUGAAACCUGCAUUGAUGGGUAUUUCAGGCAAAAAGGGGUGUUACCAGGUGAUCGCAACCCAUGCCGUCCAUGUAAUUGUUAUUCCAUUGGCUCUUUAGAUGGCACUUGUGUCAAAGAUGAAAAACAUGCUUCAGGAGACCUGCUCCCUGGAUUCUGUCACUGUAAGCCUGGCUUUGGAGGAGAGAGGUGCAAUCGAUGCGCCUUGGGAUACAAAGGCUUCCCUCACUGUUUGCCCUGCAAUUGUUCCCUCAAAGGCAGCUUAAAUGAUGACCCUUGCCAAGGGCCCUGCAGGUGCAAGGAAAAUGUUGAAGGGGAGAACUGCAGUCGCUGUAAACCAGGCUUCUUUAACCUGCAACAAGACAACCCCAAAGGCUGUGAGGAAUGUUUCUGCUCCGGUAUAACAAAUGACUGUGUGAGCUCCCACUGGACCUACAGCAAUAUUGGAGAAAUGAAUGGCUGGUACCUAACAGAUUUACCUGCUCGUGCUAGAGUUGCUCCUCAACAGGACAAAUUUGAUGGAGUGGAACAGCUUAGUGUCAACAACAUUGCUGCAAGGACUUUUCUACCACAGAUUUAUUAUUGGAGUGCACCUCGUCCUUAUUUGGGUAACAAGAUAACAGCUGCUGGAGGACAUCUGAAAUUUACAGUUUCAUAUGACCUCAUUGGGGAAGAAGAUGCUGCUGAAGCAAUGCUUCAAUCUGAUGUCAUCAUAGAGGGAAGUGGUUUAAGAAUCAGCACAUCACAGGAGGGUAUUCAUUUGAACCCGUUUGAACAGCAUACUGAAGAAGUGUUGCUGAAACAUGACUUAUUCAUGCUGCAUGACACUGAUUUUCCAGUCAGCAAAAGGGAAUUCAUGACUGUGUUGGCAAAUAUAAAACGUCUUCUUAUAAGAGCCACAUACAGCUAUGGGAUGAAUGCCAUCUACAGGUUGAGUGAUGUCAGUUUGGAAGCUGCUGAUGACAUGUCAACAAGACACAAAGAUGCACCUGCUGUUGAAAUUUGCCAGUGUCCUCCAGGAUAUUCUGGUACCUCCUGUGAAUCUUGUCAAUCAAGGCACAGGCGAGUUAAUGGCACUAUUGUUGGUGGAAUCUGUAGGCCAUGCACAUGCUUUGGUCAUGCGGAGUCAUGCGAUGAUAUCACUGGAGAAUGCCUGGACUGCAAGCACAACACAGGUGGCCUAUAUUGUGAUAAAUGUCUUCCUGGUUUCUAUGGAGAUGCUACUAAAGGAAAACCUGAUGACUGCCAGCUGUGUGCUUGCCCACUGAGUAUACCUUCAAACAAUUUUAGCCCUACUUGUCAUCUGGACCGAAGUCGUGGAUUAAUAUGUGAUGAGUGCCCCCCUGGUUAUGUCGGCUCACGCUGUGAGAGGUGUGCAGAAGGCUAUUUCGGACAACCUUUAAUACCGGGGGGAUCAUGCCAGCCUUGCCGAUGUAAUGACAACCUUGACUUCUCCAUUCCUGGCAGCUGUGACAGCUUGUCUGGAGCUUGUCUGAUAUGUAAGCCAGGUACAACAGGCCAGUACUGUGAAAAGUGUGCUGAUGGGUAUUUCGGAGAUGCUCUUGAUGUGAAGAACUGUCAACCUUGCAGUUGCAAUGUCAAUGGCUCGUUUUCACUGACCUGUAAUUCUAAGACUGGACAGUGUGACUGCAAACCUAACAUCGUGGGGCGCUUAUGUGAUAAAUGUAAGCCUGGAACCUUUGGUGUGCAGUCUUCCAGAGGCUGUGUUCCCUGCAACUGUAAUUCAUUUGGAUCAAAAUCCUUUGACUGUGAUGAAACUGGACAAUGUCAUUGUCAACCAGGUGUUGGAGGGAAGAAGUGUGACCGCUGCGCUCAUGGAUUUUAUGGCUUUGAAGAAGGAGGAUGUACCCCCUGUGAGUGUUCCCAUCUUGGUAAUAAUUGUGACCCAUUUACUGGCCGUUGUAUCUGCCCUCCCAACACUGUAGGACAACGGUGUGAAAAAUGUGCACCAAAUCACUGGGGCCAUGAUAUUAUCAGUGGGUGCAAGGCCUGUGAAUGUAGUACAGCUGGAUCUCUCAGUUUCCAAUGUAACCCUGAUACUGGUUGCUGUUUCUGCCGUCCAGAAUUUUCAGGGGAUAAAUGUACUGAAUGCAGGCUGGGAUAUCGAAACUAUCCACAGUGCAUUGCCUGCGAAUGCAUGGUAGCAGGGACUGAGCCACAUACUUGUAAUUCAGAGAUGGAGAAAUGUUCAUGUUCAGAUCAUUCAGGACAGUGCACUUGCAAGAUGAAUGUGGAAGGUGUCUACUGUGACAGGUGCAAACCUGGCAGGUUUGGACUCUCUGCCAGGAAUCCACUUGGCUGCAGCAGCUGCUAUUGCUUUGGCCUGACAUCGCAGUGCAGUGAGGCAAAGGGCCUGGUCCGUAUGUGGUUGACUCUGAAGCCAGAUCAGGUCAUCCUUCCUCUGGUUGAUGAAAAUGUCCAGCACCAAACUGUCCAUGGCAUUGUAUACCAGUAUCCAGAGACAAUUGCAAAUAUUGACUUGGUGAAGCAAGAGUUACAUUCAGAACCAUUUUACUGGAGACUUCCUGAACAGUUCGAAGGACGGAAGCUGGCAGCUUAUGGAGGAAAACUGAAAUAUGCUAUCUUCUUUGAAGCACGAGAAGAAACUGGCUUUGCGACCUAUAACCCCCAGGUCAUCAUCAGGGGUGGGCCUCCCGCACAAACACGAAUUAUUGUCAGGCAUGUAGCUGCUCCUCUGAAUGGUCAAUUGACAAGGCAUGAGAUAGAAAUGACAGAGCAUGAGUGGAAAUACCAUGGGGAUGGUCCAAGGGUCAGUAGAACGGUGAACCGUGAAGACUUCAUGGAUGUCCUCUACAGCAUUCAUUACAUACUUAUUAAGGCUACUCAUGGCAGCUUCAUGAGGCAAACAAGAAUUUCUGAGAUCUCCAUGGAAGUUGCACAGGAAGGAAGUGUAUCAGGAAGGACUCCCCGUGCGCAACUGAUUGAGAAAUGUGACUGUCCUUUGGGUUAUUUAGGCUUGUCAUGUGAGACAUGUGCUCCUGGGUUUUAUAGACUUCCUUCUACAUCUGCUAGCAGAAAACCAGGCCCAGCUUUAGGUUCCUGUGUACCGUGUCAAUGUCAUGGGCAUGGCGAGAUGUGUGAUCCAGAAACCUCAAUUUGCCAGAACUGUCGUCACAACACUAGUGGUGACCAUUGUGAAAGGUGUGCACUCGGGUUCUAUGGGAUUGUUAGAGGAUCUCCAAAUGACUGCCAACCUUGUGCAUGCCCUCUGACUGUGUCAAGCAACAAUUUUAGUCCCUCCUGUGUCAUCGAAGGGGUUGGUGAUUAUCGGUGUACUGCUUGCCCACCUGGAUAUGAAGGACAGUACUGUGAAAGAUGUUCUUCUGGAUACACUGGGAACCCAAGAAUUCCUGGUGGAUCAUGCCAAGAAUGUGAGUGUCAUCCAUAUGGUUCGCUGCCUGUUCCUUGUGAUCCUGUCACUGGACAAUGCACGUGCAAACCUGGAUCUACUGGACUGAAGUGUGCAGGAUGUGAACCCCGGCAUGCUCGUGAAGGCAUAGCAUGUGUUUUUUGUGAUGAUGAGUGCACUGGAGUCCUUCUCCGUGACUUGGAUCAACUAAGCCAGAUGGUUCUGAGUGUCAACCUCAGUGGCCCGCUUCAUCCACCAUAUAAAAUGCUUUACUCUUUUGAAAAUACAACCCAGGAAUUAAAGCAUUUACUGUCGCCUCAGCAAGCACCAGAGAGACGGCUUCGGUUAGCACAGAAAAAUUUGGAUACUCUUGUGACAGAAAUGGAUGAGCUUUUGACAAGGGCGACCAAGGUGACAGCAGAUGGGGAGCAAACCAGACAGGAUGCUGAGACAACUAAUGAGAGAGCGAAGCUGCUUGGACAGUUCAUCAAGGGCACCCUCCAGGCUGCAGAAGCUGCAAAUGAGACUGCUUUAAAACUCAAUGAGACACUUGGAGUCCCAGAUAAAACUAUUGACAAAAGCCUUCAAGAAAUACAAAGAGAUGUUGACAAAAUGAUGGCAGAGCUAAGGAAGAGAAAUCUAAAUACACAAGAGGAGGCUGCCCAAAAUGAAUUAGAAGCAGCAGUAGCUCUAUUGAAACGAGUGAAUAAGUUGUUUGCAGAUCCCAGAAAGAAAACAGAAGAGCUCAAGAAUGAAGUCAGAGACAAACUGUCAGACUACCAAGAUAAAGUUGAUGAUGCUCUGGACCUACUGAGAGAAGCAACCAAUAAAAUUCGGGAGGCAGAUAGGUUAUCUGCAAUAAAUCAAAGAAACAUGACUAUGGUGGAGAAAAAGAAGCAACUUGUAGAAGAUGGACAACAGGAAGCUGAAAAUACUCUAAAGGAAGGAAAUGACAUCCUCAAUGAAGCUAAUGACCUUGCAAAUGGAAUCAAUUUAGCUGUGGAGUAUGUAGAUGAUGUCCGGAAUAAAAUAAGUCCAUUGUCUGAUCAGCUGAAGGAUAAAAUUGAUGAUUUAUCUCAAGACAUCAAAGACCGAAAACUUCCAGAACAAGUACUGCAAGCUGAGUCCCAUGCUGCCCAGCUGAAUGAUUCAUCUAAUAUACUGGAUGGAAUCCUUGAUGAAGCAAAAAACCUCUCCUUCAAUGCCACAGUGGCUUUUAAAGCCUACAGCAAUAUCAAGGACUAUGUUGAUGAAGCUGAUGGGAUUUCCAAAGAUGCUAAAGCUCGUGCCAAUGAAGCAAUACGACUGGCAUCUGGUCCAGAAGGAUCAUUAAAGGAUGGUGCCAAGAAUGCUCUACAAAAAAGCUUUAGAGUUCUUAAUGAUGCCAACAGGCAGGCAAAUGAUCUUAAAGAAAAUGGAGAUAACCUAAAGGGAAUGCAGAAUAGGUUGCAAGAUGCAGAGGAAAAAAACUCUGAUCUCCUGAGAGCUUUGAAUGAUACACUGGGAAAACUGUCAGCAAUUCCUAAUGAUACAGCUGCCAAGGUGCAAGCAGUCAAGGAGAAAGCUAGACAAGCUAAUGAUACAGCAAAUGAUGUACUGGCUAGAAUCAGAGAUCUCAACAAGAAUCUCCUAGGCUUAAAAGACAACUACCGGAAACUUGCUGAUGAUGCAGCCAAAACAAAUGCUGUAGUGAAAGAUCCCGCCAAAAACAUUGCUGAUGCAGAUGACACAGUGAGAAACCUGGAAGAAGAGGCAGAUCGGUUGAUGGAUAAGCUCAAACCAAUCAAACAACUUCAAGACAACCUAGGGAAAAACAUCUCUCACAUUAAAGACCUAAUAAAUCAAGCCAGGAAGCAAGCCAAUUCUAUUAAAGUAUCUGUGGCUUCUGGAGGCAACUGCAUUCGUACAUACAGACCAGAAAUAAAGAAGGGAAGCUACAACACUGUCAUUCUCAAUGUAAAGACAACAACGGCUGACAAUCUUCUUUUUUACCUUGGAAGUAACAAAUUUACUGACUUUCUGGCUAUAGAAAUGCGUAAAGGCAAAGUGGAUUUCCUAUGGGAUGUUGGAUCUGGAGUUGGACGAGUUGAGUAUCCAGAUCUAACCAUUAAUGAUGGGUUUUGGUACCGAAUUGAAGCAUCAAGAACUGGAAGAAAUGGCACAAUUUCUGUACAGGCAUUGGAAGGACCUAAGGCUACUAUUGUCCCAAGUAUCUUCAAUGCAAUUUCCCCACCUGGUUAUACCAUUUUGGAUGUAGAUGCAAAUGCCAUGCUGUUUGUUGGAGGUCUAACAGGGAAGAUAAAGAAAUCUGAAGCUGUAAGAGUUACUACUUUCACUGGCUGUAUGGGAGAAACUUAUUUAGACAGCAAACCAAUAGGUUUGUGGAAUUUCAGAGACAUUGAAGGAGAGUGUAAAGGCUGUGCUGUCAGUCCCCAAGUGGCUGAUGGUGAGGGCACAGUUCAGUUUGAUGGAGAAGGUUAUGCCAUGGUAAGCCGCCCAAUUAGAUGGAAUCCAAAUAUCUCCAUGGUUAUGUUCAAGUUUAAGACCUUUUCUUCCACUGCUCUUCUAAUGUACCUUGCUACACUUGACUUGAAAGAUUUCAUGAGCAUUGAACUCAGUGAUGGGCAUAUUAAAGUGAGCUAUGAUCUUGGUUCAGGAACAGCUUCUGUUGUCAGCAACCAAAACCACAAUGAUGGAAAAUGGAAAUCAUUCACCUUGUCAAGAAUUCUAAAACAAGCUAAUGUAUCAAUUGUAGACAUAGACUCCAAUCAAGAAGAGAUCAUAUCAACAGAUUCUACAGGAAAGCACUUUGGCCUUAACUUGAAAGCUGAUGAACCUAUCUAUUUUGGGGGACUGCCAAGCUUAAGAGGAAAUCUAAGACCUGAAGUAAAUACAAGAAAGUAUGCAGGUUGCCUCAAGGAUAUUGAAAUUUCUAGGACACCAUACAAUCUCCUAAGCAGUCCCGACUAUGUUGGCAUUACCAAGGGUUGUACAUUAGAAAAUAUCUACACAGUCAACUUCCCGAAACCAGGUUUUGUGGAGCUGCCGCCUGUCUCCCUUGACAUAGGAACAGAAAUCCACUUGUCCUUCAGCACUAAAAAUGAAUCGGGUAUUAUUCUCUUUGGCACUAAUGGGAUUCCUGUAACUCCAAGGAGGAAACGCAGACAGACUGGGCAGGCCUAUUAUGCAGUUUUCUUGAAUGGAGGUCGACUAGAAGUACAUGUCUCCAAUGGAGUACGAGACCCGCGCAGGAUCACCAUCAAGCCUGAAUCUGGCGAGUUUCAUGAUGGCAAAGAACACUCCAUCUGGAUAGAGAGGCUUGCAGGGAUGUUUGCUAUACAAGUAGAUGAGGACAGAAGACAGUCUCAGAGACUUCCGUCAGAUCAACCUAUUUCUGUGAAGAAGCUUUUUGUGGGAGGAACACCACCGGAAUUUCAUACUGCUCCAAUUAGGAACAUACCUGCCUUUGAUGGCUGCAUAUGGAACCUACUCAUCAAUGCGGUUCCAGUAGAUUUUGCCCAGCCGGUGUCCUUUGAAAAUGCAGACAUUGGCCAGUGCCCUGAUUCAGGCCCACCACGUGAAAAAGAGGAUGAAGAUGAAGCUUCCCGUGCAACAGUAGUAAUCCAUCCUGAACCAGAUGCAGAAGAGAUGAAAGCAAGUGCAACUUCUCCUCCUCCACUUCCCUUCCCUCCUUUACCUGAUUUGCUUGCUGCUGAAGUGAAGAGUGCCAGCAUUUCAGCUGACCUUGACACUGUGAUGGAACAUUGUGCUGUGGAUGUGGAGCCGAUUGCCUUGGAAAGGGCGAAACAGUUUGGUCUGUCAAGGAACAGUCAUAUUGCAGUUGCAUUUGAUGACACCAAAGUAAAAAAUACACUCACCAUUGAAUUUGAAUUCAGAACAAAGGCUGAGAAUGGUUUGCUUUUCUAUAUGGCCCGGAUCAAUCAUGCUGAUUUUGCCACCGUUCAGAUAAAGAAUGGUUUUCCAUACUUCAGUUAUGACCUGGGACAUGGGAACACCAGCACAAUGAUCCCCAGCAAAAUCAAUGAUGGUCACUGGCACAAGAUAAAAAUAUUCCGGAGCAAGCAAGAAGGUGUCUUGUUAGUUGACGGUUCUACAAACAGGACCACUAGCCCAAAGAAAGCUGAUAUUUUAGACGUUGUGGGGAUGUUGUAUGUUGGAGGAUUGCCCAUUAACUAUACAACUAAAAGAAUUGGCCCGGUUGUCUACAGUAUCAAUGGCUGUAUGCGAAAUUUCCAAAUGACCGAGUCUCCUGUUGAUCUUGAUAACCCUUCUUCCAGUUAUAAUGUUGGAAAGUGCUUUGUUAAUCCACAAGAAGGAACCUACUUUGCAGGAACAGGUUUUGCCAAAGCAGUUGGAACAUUUAGAGUGGGGUUAGAUCUACACAUAGAAUUUGACUUCCGCACUACUCGGCCAAAUGGUGUUCUGUUGGGGAUCAGCAGCCAGAAAAUGGAUGGGCUUGGCAUCGAGUUGGUGGAUGAAAAUGUGAUGUUCCAUGUCGAUAAUGGUGCAGGUCGGUUUUCUGCCAUCUAUGAGCCUGCAAUAACAGGUAGCUUGUGUGAUGGGCAGUGGCACAAGGUUAUUGCACACAAGGCAAAACACCGCUUAAUGCUAACUGUGGAUGGCCACCAUGUGGAAGCUAUCAGCCCCAAUACAGCUUCCACUUCAGCAGAUACUAAUGAUCCUGUAUUUGUUGGAGGCUAUCCUGAUGGGUUACACCAGUUUGGUCUGACCACUAACAUCCGUUUCAAAGGAUGUAUUAAAUCGCUGAAACUCACCAAGGGGACAUCUAGCCGUUGGAGAUUAACUUCAGCAAAGCCUUGGAGAUAAAGGGAGUCCAACCUCUUUCAUGCCCAGCAAAUUGACACGACAUCAUCCAGCUAUGAUAUAGGAAUAGCCUCUUGAAAAGAACAAAAAAGGAGGGCCUCACAUGUUUCAAGAAUCUGAUACAUAUACAGUGCCUUUGUCAUUAAAAAGGCAUUUUACAAAUAUUUUUGACUUAAACCUAUGAUAUUUUUAAAAUGGUGCUACUUCAAAGUGUGCUUUUAAAGACAAGAAACUGUUUCCCAUGGAAUAAAUAAAGCAGAAAGAUCCUCCUGUGUGAUUUCUGACCCUUUCCCCCUCAGUGUGGAAGAGUUUCAAGUAGUGUAAUUGCAUAUCCUUGUUUCCCAAAGUGUAAAGUAAGUCAUACUCCCAUUCUGUGGAUGUUUUUAAGUUUCAAGAGGCAUUGUGUAUGUGCACAGCCCUACUCACUCAGCUAUAGAAGGAACCAGCUGGGCUAGUGUCAUUGCCCCUUGGGCUUUACUAUUUCAGACCUUCUGGCUGUUGUCUUCCAAAUCUGUGGCCACAACAUGGCAUACAAACAAAACUCAAUUUUUUAGCUGUAAUGUGAUUUGGGCUGAAGACAGUAAAAUAGUUAAAAUGGAUGAACAAGUUACUGGAUCUGUGGCUUCUUUGGCUUUCUAUAUGUGCCAUCCUCAUGGUGUAGUCAUUUCAGGAAGUUUUGUAGGAAGGACUAAUGCAUUUUACUUGGAUUUGUAACAUGACUUCCAAGAGGAGCCAAUGAUCUGGUCUCAUAUGUAUUCAAGUUCUAUUUGCAAACAAAAAAGUGGGAAUAAAUUUAAAGAACAUUGUGUAUACUAUUUUUACUUCAUGUAUUUGGCAACAAGAAAGGCACUUCUCGGGAAUCAUCAGGUAGUCAUUACUUCUCCCAACAGUGGGUACUCUGCCUGAAUGCUGAGCUCAUAGGUGUGUGUCUCUCUCGCUGAAGAGAGGAUAUGCAGAUUUUUCCUUUUGGGUGCUAUUAAGGAAAAAUAGAGUACACAAGGCAAUUCCACAUCUGUAACACACACUUUAGCAUAGUAUCUCAAGAUGCUAUAAGUUCAGUCUGGAGAUACUCAGCCAUCUUUGCAUGUGGAGGCCCAACGUGCUGCAAUUCAAGGACUUCCAAGCCAAACAAACAUGAGGAAAUUCUCAUCACUGGGUGAAGCGGUUUUACAGAUGUUAGAUCUUUUAAAAAACACCAAUGUAGUAUUGUCUUCUAGUUUCUGGAUUUUAACUGUUUUCUGGGCACUCUGCUAAUGCUUUCUGUAUUAAGUUUAUGUAAUGAACUGUUCCCAUUAUUUACAAGAUUUAGCAUUUUCUUGGUAUGUCGUAUACUUGUGGGGAAAGAGGAAGGACAACAGCAAUGUUUGCUACCUAACCGGUUUGUAUAAUGUUAUUACAAAGAACAUAUUGGACUCAAAUUCUAAUAUAUCAUUUGAAUUGCAA